AUGCUGGAAACGAAAGACGUCCAGGGAAAUUCGGCUUUGCACUUGGCAGUGCGCAUCGUGCAGCCUCGUCAACUGGACAUUGUAAAUCUCCUCUUGGACCGGAAUGCCGAUGUCGCGUCUCGGAACUUGGAUGGCUGGAGUUGUGCACACGACGCAACUCUAUGCGACGACGAGUAUCUAUUGGCUCAGCUGUGUUUGCAAGGCGAAAAGCAGCUGAGACAGACGCUGGCGUCUAGUCAAGAGAUGUUCAUGCAGGCGCUUGAGCAACUGCCGGACUUUGAAGCAGAAAUUUACCUUGAAGCACAGUCGUGGGUACCGAUAGUGUCCAGAAUACUACCGUCGGAUACUCUCCAUAUCUGGAAACGAGGGUCUCAGUUGAGGGUCGACUGGACGCUAAAAGGGUUGGACGGGCUCAAGUGGACAAAAGGACUCAUGUCCCAUGUAUUCUUGGGACGAAAUGGUGGAAAGAGAGCCGGUCGUGCGGUCGUGAUGAACCAUGAAAGCCAUCAGUUUUAUGACGUGAUGGAAGCCGUGCACAACUCGUCGGUCGGAAAUAUGGACUUGGCUUUGCAUGUCAUGCUGACGACAGCGAUGUCGUCAUCUCGAUUGGUCUCUACUAAGCUAAAGUUUGUGAAGCAGAAAGAGGUGAAAGCUGGAGGAGAGAGGACCGAGAGCACAGGAAUUGACCAAGACACGGAAAAAGAGAAGAGCCGGAAACAACACAGAGAAUGUCCGUGGCCAGGAACGACGUACAAGAUACGAGAUUUUUCGAUCGAAGCGCAGUUCCGACCAAUCGUGAACCCGGACCGCAAGCUAAAACACUCAUCAACUAAGGACGGGCCAUUUGAGGAAGUGCAGCAGUUUGUGAAUCAUCUGCAAAUGGUUGUGCCUCAUGGAAUCGAAAAGAAAGAUUGGGAAGCGCGAAGCAAAUGCAGCACUGUCCGUGAAAGCGAUUGCGAGGAUUCUCCGCAGACGCUACGCCUUGAGAAAGGACGCAUUGUUGAAAUGCACUUGAACGUGAUCGCAGGCGAUACGAUUUGGUGGAAGUUUCAAUCCAAGAAGAGCAGUGACUUUUGUUUUAUGGCUACCUACAUUAACGAGAAUGUUCAACAGCCUGUCUGCAGUACGGACGGUGUGAAAAAUGUGGAAAUCGCUGGGGCGUACGACGUCGAGCGCAACGGCAAGUUUGUGCUGAGGUGGCAGAACACCCAAAAAGGUUUCGCGAUUGACCGGAGCGGUAUCGCGAUAAGUUACAACGUGGCGCACAUUCGGUCUGCGAAUGACCGUUUCUCAGAAAUUGUCCCUGCUCCUUCACCUGAUCUCGGUACUCAAGGCGUUUACAAGUCCACGAAUUUGUCAGAAUCCUGCAUUGAUGUACAGAGAAAGGGUGGUUACCUUUCCAGACUUACCGACGAGCAAAAGUGUGAAACUUUCCGUCAUUCGGAUCAUAUUCCGAAUCCCAUUACAACUACCACAGCGUUCUCCGAUUACUUCAGACUUGGCGGGAAUCCUAGCGAACCAGAUAAAACUCCGACCGCGAAGUUGAAGCAAUCCAUUAUAAACAUGUUUGAGGACAAAAAAACAUGUCGUCCGCACUCAUCGUCCGAUUCCCUGGCACGAAAUGAACGAAUCGACCCCACAUUCGGAAUCAAGAGCGAGUUUCGAAGUAUGACCUCGUUGCCGUCAACGCGACGUGUGCGCAAAAAGUUUGAGGCUAAGGUGGUCAUGGCCGAGAGUUUUCCGUUCCAGCCUCGAGACUUUCUUCCUGUCAUCCAGUUCAUUUCGACCACUGGUGAUCACGUGAAAAACCUCGAAGAGUUUUUCCAAAUGGACCUUCCACCAGGUUUUCCAGCCAAGUUCGAGCUACCGGUAAUGUUUACAAUUCGUGUCGCGUAUACAUUUCAAACGAUCAACUUGAAUCCGCAGCUGGAUGCAGAAAUGUUUGACAUCCCAGACAAUUAUCACGAAGUGUUUACGUUGGACGAAGUACGAUCAUGA